ACAAGACCUGCCUCUGGGAGACAGUGUGUUAGACACAGCUGAGAGUCUCUAAGAUCCACAAGUACAAUGGCAGUUUCCAAAAGUAAGCUCACAGGACACAUAAAGAAGUACAAGACAAGGCUGUUGGCAUGUUUUGUGUUUGUUUCAGCUUUUGAGUUUCAGAUCCUUAAGCAACAGAGCAGCCCUUCAAGUCAACAAGUAGAAGAAUUCAGUGAUGAACUUCGGAUUCUGCUUAUCGGAAAGACCGGUGUGGGCAAGAGUGCAACAGGAAACACCAUUCUUGGAAAAAAGGCUUUUAAAUCUAAAACCUCCUCUUCAUCUGUAACCUCAUGGUGUGAAAAAGCCCAUACAAUUAUUCAUGGCAGAAAAGUGUCUGUUAUCGACUCUCCAGGUCUGUUUGAUACUGAAUUAUCUGCAGAUGAGGUGAUCAGUCGGAUUAAACUGUGCAUUCCAUUCUCUGCUCCAGGACCUCAUGUCUUUUUAGUUGUGAAUAAAAUAGGCAGAUUUACAGAUGAAGAUAAAAAAACAGUUAAGACAUUUCAAGCAAUUUUUGGGGAAAAGUCCCCCCUGUACACUAUGGCUCUCUUCACUUAUGGAGAUCAACUGAAAGAGGAAAAUAUUCAUAAAUUCGUACGCAACAAUUCAAAGCUUUUGAGUUUUCUUGGGGAAUGCAAUGGUGGAUACCAUGUGUUUAAUAAUGAAGAUAAGAAUCCAAAACAAGUCAUCCAGCUCCUGGACCAAAUUGAUAAAAUGGUCACUGUAAACGGUGGAGGACAUUACAGUACAGAGAUGCUUCAGGAGGCAGAGAGAGCAAUAGAAGCAGAGAAACAACGAAUCCUGAAAGAAAAUGAAGCAGAGAGACAAAAUGAGAUAGAAGAUCUGAGGAAAAAGUUUAAAGGAGAAACAUUUGAGAUAGAAAAAAAGAAGAAAACUCAGCAACAUGAAGAGGAAGCAAGGGAGGAGGCAGAAGAAGGUUUCUAUUAUUAUUUUGAAAUGGCAAAUCAAAUUUUUCAGGAUUGCAUUAGUAUAUUGCAAGUUUAUGGAAUAACACAAGUUCCUGUUCCAGACUUCCAGACUCUCUUUAUGAUUGUCAAAAAACUGUUCAACUACGCACCUCAGACCUUCGACGCUCCCCCCGUCGCUUCCUCUGCGCCGCGCUUCCUCGAUAACGCACCGUUGAUGUUAUUAUUGGACUGCCCAACAGAGCAGCCCUCAAGUCAACAAGUAGACGAAUUCAGUGAUGAACUUCGGAUUCUGCUUAUCGGAAAGACCGGUGUGGGCAAGAGUGCAACAGGAAACACCAUUCUUGGAAAAAGGGCUUUCGAAUCUAAAACCUCCUCUUCAUCUGUAACCUCAUGGUGUGAAAAAGCCCAUACAAUUAUUCAUGGCAGAAAAGUGUCUGUUAUCGACUCUCCAGGUCUGUUUGAUACUGAAUUAUCUGCAGAUGAGGUGAUCAGUCGGAUUAAACUGUGCAUUCCAUUCUCUGCUCCAGGACCUCAUGUCUUUUUAGUUGUGAAUAAAAUAGGCAGAUUUACAGAUGAAGAUAAAAAUACAGUUAAGACAUUUCAAGCAAUUUUUGGGGAAAAGUCCCCCCUGUACACUAUGGCUCUCUUCACUUAUGGAGAUCAACUGAAAGGGGAAAAUAUUCAUAAAUUUGUACGCAACAAUGCAAAGCUUUUGCGUUUUCUUGGGGAAUGCAAUGGUGGAUACCAUGUGUUUAAUAAUGAAGCUCAGAAUCCAGAACAAGUCAUCCAGCUCCUGGACCAGAUUGACAAAAUGGUCACUGUAAAUGGUGGAGGACAUUACAGUACAGAGAUGCUUCAGGAGGCAGAGAGAGCAAUAGAAGCAGAGAAACAACGAAUCCUGAAAGAAAAUGAAGCACAGAGACAAAAGGAGAUAGAAGAUCUGAGGAAAAAGUUUAAAGGAGAAACAUUUGAGAUAGAAAAAAGGAAGAAAACUCAGCAACAUGAAGAGGAAGCGAGAAAGAAGGCAGAAGAAGGUUUCUAUUAUUAUUUUGAAAAGGUGAAAAGAAUUUUUCAGUUUUGCUUUGAUUUUAUAUUGCAACUUUUUGGAAUAACACCAAGUCCUUUUCCAGAGUAUAUCUUUAAGCAUUUACAGAGGGGCUACAAGCUACUGUUAAAAUAGUGAAUCCCUAAAGCAAUAUGUAACUCCAGGGUGGGUGUAAGAAUGGUUUUAUCAUCGGUACAAUUCAACAAAGCAAACAUUUAAUUCAAAUGUAUUAUUAACAUUAGCUAUAAACUAUUAUUCAACUAUUCAUUGUGUUUUAGUAAGCCAACACUAAUGUCAUUCCUGUCACCAGAUGUUUUUUUAAGAGUAUACUGUAGGAUAACAAUAAGCUUGGAAUUUUAAGCAUCAAACAGAACAAUUAAAAAAAUGGAUUAAGUUUAAAACCUGGUACCUUAAUACAAAUUUUAUGUAGAAAAUGUAUACAGGAAUAUCUUGUUGGUUAUCUGCUGGAAUGGACAAAUUUGAACAUGCAUUCCACCUGCCUGUCAUUUUCCUUUAAGGUUUCUCAAGGUCUUAGGUCUCUUUUCAUGGAGAGGGUCUGAAAUUGUCAUCGUAGGUGCAUGUCCACUGUGAGAGACAUAAUCUAAAAAAAAAAAA